UGUCCCGGUGGCGUCACUCCGCGCACGCGCACUGUGGCCAGGCCGGGCGGCGUGGUUGCUCCCUUUACUGGCCCUGGUCUCCCUCCUCGCGUCUCCCUCCCAGCCUCCCGAGAUGCCGAAGAAGAAGCCGGGCAAAGCGAAGGGCGAGGAGGACUGGGUGGAAGAGGAGGCCCCGGCGACAGAGGCUCCCAAGAAAGAGAAGAAGGACAAGAAGGGAAAAAAGUCGUUUUUCGAUGAGAUUUCUUCCGAUAACAAGCAAGCCAUAGAAGCCAAGGAGGAAAAAGAGAAACAACAGCAGCAGCUGCAACAGGCUCAGCAGGCGAAGAAAAAGAAGGAACGGAAAGCCGGCCGCCGUAAGGCCGGCGACGAUGAUGAUGACGACGAUGAGGACGCGAUGGAGAAGCUGAAGCGCCUGGCCCUGCAGGACAGCGCUAGCGAGGAUGAUGAAGCCACCAAGCAGGGUACAAAGAAGGUGACAGGCAAAGCAGGCAAGGCAGACAAGGGUGGAAACAAGGCGCGAGACAAAGUCAGCCACGACGAGGACGAGCACGAGGCCAAUGGCAGUGACAACAAGAAGGCAGAGAAGAGGAAAAACGGGAAGCAGAAGGGGCCUGUGAAGGGAGGGAAUGUGUUUGCUGCACUCGCACAGAGCGAUGAUGAAAGCGAUGAUGACGACGAGGAUGCCAACGAGUCUGGGCACGACUCGGCUGGCAGUCGUGACAAGAGGUCGAGGAAACCUGGCAAUAAAACCAGCGGCAGCAGCAGCGACACCAAGGGCAAGCAAAGAGGAACGGGCAAAGGCAAGCACUCCAGGGACGAUGACGAUGAAGAAGAGGAGGAUGAGGAUGCGCCCAGUAAAAAUGAGGAUGGGAAGAGCGGUCAGAAUGAUAAGGAUGCCGAGGAUGGCAGUAUUCCUGCCGCCGACAAUGGAGCCGAUCCCUCCUCUAACCUUAGCCGCAAAGAGAGGAAGAAACUCGAGAAGCAGCGUGCGUAUGAGCGUCAGGUGGAGUCUCUUCGCGCGUGUGCCGAGGCCGAGGGAGACUUUGCGGUGUCGCAGCAGGAGCUGACGUCGCGCAAGGCGGCGCUAGAGAAUGCUUCCGACAUCAAGAUAGAGAAGUUUAGCAUCUCUGCGCACGGCAAGGAGCUGUUUGUGAACGCUGAGCUCAACAUUGUGGCCGGGCGCAGAUACGGCCUCGUGGGGCCCAACGGAAAGGGGAAAACAACACUGCUCAAGCACAUCUCUAACCGAGCUCUUAACAUCCCACCCAACAUCGACGUGCUGCUUUGUGAGCAGGAGGUGGUGGCGGACUCGACCCCGGCAGUGCAGGCCGUGCUGCGCGCCGACGUGCGUCGCGGUGUGCUGCUGCAGGAGGAGUCGAAGCUGCAGGCGCGGCUCGAGAGCGGAGACGACUCGGUCGGCCCUCGCCUCGAGAAGGUGAUCGAGGAGCUGCGGGCGAUGGGUGCCGACGCGGCAGAGGCGAAGGCGCGCAGGAUCCUCGCCGGUCUGGGCUUCACCCCCGAGAUGCAGGGACGUCCCACCAAGAAGUUCUCCGGGGGUUGGCGCAUGCGAGUGUCGCUGGCACGGGCCCUCUUCAUGGAGCCGACGCUGCUCAUGCUGGACGAGCCUACCAACCACCUGGAUCUCAACGCCGUCAUCUGGCUCAACAACUACCUGCUGACGUGGCGGAAGACACUGCUGAUCGUGUCCCACGACCAGAGCUUCCUGGAUGACGUGUGCACAGACAUCAUCCACCUCGACUACCAGAAGCUUUUCUACUACCGCGGCAACUACUUGACGUUCAAGAAGAUGUAUGUGCAGAAGCAGAAGGAGCUGCAGAAGCUCUACGAUAAGCAGGAGCGACGGCUCAAGGAGCUCAAGGCUGGCGGAAAAUCCACGAAGCAGGCGGAGAAGCAGACGAAGGAGGCGCUGACACGGAAGCAGCAGAAGGGUCGCACCGGCAAGAAGGAGGAGGAGGGCGCCCCGCAGGGCCUGCUGGCGCGACCGCGCGAGUACACGGUCAAGUUCACCUUCCCCAACCCGCCGCCGCUCUCCCCGCCCAUCCUCGGCCUGCACGGGGUUGACUUUGGCUAUGAGGGCCAUCCCCUGCUCUUCAAGAACGUGGACUUUGGGUUGGACUUGGAGUCUCGCAUCUCCAUCGUGGGUCCGAACGGCGUGGGGAAGAGUACACUGCUGGGACUGCUCACCGCGGCACUAGAACCGAAUAAAGGUGAACGCAGGAAAAAUCACCGUCUGAAGAUCGGCUUUUUCAACCAGCAGUACGCGGAUCAGCUGGCCAUGGAGGAGACUGCCACCGAGUACCUGCAGCGCUGCUUCAACCUGCCCUACCAGGAGGCGCGCAAGCGCCUGGGACGCUUCGGCCUGGAGAGCCAUGCGCACACCAUCCAGAUCAACAAGCUGUCCGGCGGGCAGAAGGCCCGAGUGGUGUUUGCGGAGCUGAGCUGUCGAGAGCCAGAUAUCCUCAUAUUGGAUGAACCGACAAACAACCUCGACAUAGAGUCCAUUGAUGCCCUCGGUGAAGCCAUCAACCAGUACAAAGGAGGUGUCGUGAUCGUGAGUCACGAUGCUCGGCUCAUAACGGAGACGAAUUGCCAGCUGUGGGUGGUGGAGGAGUCGACUGUGAACCAGGUGGAGGGCGACUUCGAGGACUACAAGCGCGAGGUGCUGGAGUCGCUCGGCGAGAAGAUCAUCGCCACGGCUUCUGUCACGGCCAAACAGACAGCUGCCAAUGCGGCCGCUAGCGCGGCCACCGGCGCGGCCACCGGCGCGGUUGCUGCUGGCACGGGUACCUCCAAGCCGUGAUGGCACAGGUCCCCGAUGACGCACCACCGUCUGCACAAGUGCAGCUCAUGAAGCGAGGCUUUGGCCAGUGCCUUGGUCUGGUGGAUUGUAAACCACGGUCUCCCCUCCUAAGCCCUGGGCAAUAAAGACUGUAACAAAUGCCUGUAACGCAAGAACACAGUGCAGGCUGUUGAUGUAAGCUGUCGACAUGAGCUUUUAGCAUCGGUCAGGAACACACAGCUGUCGCCACAUGCUGUUAUCACAUGCUGUCACCACAACCGUAAGCACAACCUCUAAAUACAAUUCUUCACCGCAUGAUAUCGACACACUCAAUGCAAUCCUUCACUAAACGUCAUCAACGCAAGCUCAAGCAUAUUUGAUCACACUCUGCUUACACAAUAUCUCAAUACACACUGAACACAAGCUGUCACUGUCCCCACAAGCUCUCGGCACAGCAACACAAACGUAUCGAUAUGAGCCUUCGUUUAGUCCACCAGCACAAGUGGUCAAUUCAAGGUGUCAAUGCAACCCUGCGACACAACUUUAUUUUUUAAUCCCGCAAGCUCUCAACGUAAGUAAUAGACCCAGCGCUAUAAUGCAAGCCACUCAAACCAAUCUCUCAACACAAGUUUUGGACACAACUCGACAGCCUACGUAAGCUGUCACCUCACACGGUGAACAACAGUAGCCGUCUUAAGCCCUCAACAGGUCCUUGUACACUCACCGUCGGCACAAUCCUUUUAGCGCAAGCUGUCAGUGUUAGCCAUUUCCAAUGUCCCUCGCACGCUCGUGUAAUGACUGCAUCUAAUAAACAUGGCAAGAAAGUCUA